AUGAUCGCAAAUGAAGUGGUUGACUAUGCUUAUAAGGAAAGGAGAAGUUGCUUUCUUUUUAAUGUUGAUUUUGAGAAGGCCUACGAUAAGGUGAAUUGGAAUUUUCUUAGGUUCUUGUUGAAGGAAAUGGGUUUUGGGGAGGUUUGGAUGGGAUGGAUGGAAUUAAUGGUUUUUCAAAGCAAAAUGCCGAUUCUUGUAAAUGGGAGUCCGACCAAGGAAUUUAAGGUGGAGUGUGGUUUGCGGAAAGGAGAUCCUCUCUCUCCGUUCCUUUUUGUCAUAGUGGCGGAAGACCUCACGGCUUUAGUGAAGAAAGCAAUCGUCAUUGGGGAAUAUGAAGGUUUCCUCAUUAAUGGUAAGUGUGAGAUGGACAUUUUACAAUUCGCAGACGAUACUUUAAUGAUUGGUGAAGGUAAUUGGAAGAAAGUUUGGGCCAUCAAGACAAUUUUGAAGGCGUUUGAAAUGGUUUCCGGUCUCGGUAUCAAUUACCACAAAAGUAAAUUGAUAGAAAUCAAUGUUACCAACAAUUUGCUAGAAGCAUGA